AUGUUAAUAACUCUCAAGGGGGUUACCAAAGGCAGAAUUAUCAAGGAGGCUGUCAAAAUCAUACUCAGAAUCAAUGGAGACCUUAAUAGGGACAAGGGUCAGUCGACUGAACAAGGGAGUUCUAAGUUGGAGAACAUGCUUGAAAAGGUGCUAGCCAACCAAGACAAAGCAGAUAGAAUAUUGAAGGGGCUAAUAGAAACAGUGGGAUCUCACACGGCUUCCAUUCAGAAGCUCAAGUCGCAGAUGCGAGAUAUUUUCAGAGAACAACACCCUCCACAGAAGGGAGGACUUCUUAGUGAUACUAUUUCGAAUCUGAAGAAUGGGGGAGGUGGUGUAGACACUGUAUAUGCCAUCAGUACUCAGAGUGGUAAAAUACUUCAAAGUGCUGAAAAGAAGGUGAUAAAUCUCAAGCCAGUUGCUGAAGAAGAAGAGGCACAAUCUGAUGUGCCAACAAUUGUUGAUGAGGUCCAGACAGAAGUUCCUAUUGUUAAGCAAAUCCAUGAUGUUCCAGUAAGUUCUAAAAAGCAGGAGGGCAGCACUGACAUUAGUAAGUCAACGGUUAAAGGGGCUCUUCGUCCUUUGACUCAAUUAUUUAAAGCCACACCUCCCUUUCCUCAGAGGUUGGCAAAGAAAACGGAAGAUGAUAAAUGUCAGAGUUCUAUUAUAUCCACUACCAAUGUUCAGAAGAAGGAGGAUCCAGGGGCCUUUACUGUUCCAUGUUAUGUUGGUCAGCAUGAUUUUGCUCGCGCUUUAUGUGAUAAUGGGGCUAGCAUAAAUCUUAUGCCUCUUGCUAUCUAUAAGCAAUUGGGUUUGGGAAUGCCUAGACCUACCACUAUGCGAUUGCAGAUGGUUGAUAGAUCUAUUAAAAGGCCAGUUGCAGUUGUGGAUGAUGUGCUUGUUAGGGUUGGUGAAUUAUUUUGCCUGCUGAUUUUGUAA